CACACAAAUAACAACAUUAACACCACAUUGUCUCAUAUCAUAUCAAACCUUCAAGACUCAAAAUCUUAGAAGAAAAACAAAAUAUAGUAUCAUUACAUUCAUUCAUUUUGAUUCAAAGAAAACAAAAAUGGCCACAAACUCUCUUCACUGUUCAAUUCAACAACACCAUAACCAUCAUUUCCAUAUCAAAUUCCAACCUCCAACUACUUUUUCUGCUUCACAACUCUUCCUUAAACCCUCUAACAUUACCAACAACAUCACUCUUUCACAUUCUUCUUCUGGUUCUUCUUCAUUUUCAUGUGUUACAUUCUCACUCUCUCAAGCUACUUCCACCACCCCAUCAUCAACCUCACAAGAAUCAGUUUCCUUUGAAGUCUUAAAGCAGCAUCUCACAGCAGAAGAGUAUCAAAAAGCUGAUGAAGAAACAAGGAGGCUCCUCAUAGUUCUAGCUGGUGAAGCUGCUCAGAAACGUGGAUAUGUCUUCUUCUCUGAGGUUCAGUUCAUAUCAGAAUCUGACCUCAAAACCAUUGAUGAACUCUGGAGGAUCCACAGUGACAACAAGUUUGGAUACAGUGUUCAGAAGAAGAUAUUUGAGAAAUCCAAUGAAGACUUCACCAAGUUCUUCAUCAAAGUUGGUUGGAUGAAGAAGCUUGACACUGAAAUGGAACAGUAUAACUAUAGAUCUUUCCCUACUGAGUUCAUUUGGGAGCUCAAUGGUGACACCCCAGAAGGCCAUUUGCCUCUCACAAAUGCUCUCAGAGGGACACAGCUGCUAUACAACAUCUUUAACCAUCCAGCAUUUGAUGAAGAACAAGAACAAGAAGAGGGUGAUGAUGUUGUUGCUGCUGUUGAGGACAAGGGGUUGAAGGAAAAGGAUGAUAGUUCAUUGGCUAAGAGGGUCUUCAAACCAAAUUAUAGCUUCUGAGUUCUACCCAAAAAAAAAAAAAAAUUACUACUACCACAGACAAGUUUAGUGAACAGAUAAUGUAAUUUGGGUUUUGAAUUUUGAAUUUACCUAUAUAUAUAAUAUGGUAAUCACUAAUUAAUUAUUAUGAAAGUGGUAGCUUCUAUUUGUUUGUUUGUUCUUUUUUUUCAAUUUGCAAAUGUAAUUUUACAUCAUCUUUUGUAGGUUAUUUUAAGGCUUAAGUGCAUUUGUCAAAAUUCAUAGAGUGAAAAGGUAAAAAUGUUAUGUAAAUCAAUCAGUGUGCAUAUGAAAUUAUGAAAAGGACAAAAUAACAGUGAAGCCUACCUUUGUUGUUUUUCUUGUUUGCUUAUUCAGUUGCAACUUGCAGAAGAAAUCUAUUGCAUAGACAAAAAAUGACUGCUACAACUUGUGUAUUGUAUAUAAACUAUAUAUAGACUAUUUUUAAUUAUUUCAAACAUAA